AUGCUUCGAUGGACGCCCGUGCUGGUCCGAGCGAGUGUUUCUUGGCGGCACUAUAGCACGGCGGCUGCACCGCACACAGAUAUCGAGGAAUUAUUACAGCGGCUCGGUGCACAUUCAAAGCAAAGCAAUGCUUUUGGGACGCUGCGCGACUGCGUGCGGCUGAAACAAUGUUUGCAAGCGCCCAACGUCGAGCAAGCAUUAACAAAGCGCGUCCGAGAUGCAGUCCAUGAUGCAUUGCUACGCGUAUUUGCAUCGCAAGGAAUGCUUCCCGAAUCGUUGGCCGUCUUGGACGAUAUAGCAAUGUGCGGCGAAAAGGUAGGUCUUUCGGCCUAUAAUUGGGCACUGCAGGCCGCUGCUGUCGCGGGAAACGUGCCGGAGAUGCUCGCCAUCGUAAAAAAGAUGGCGCAUGAAUUUUCCACGCCGACUCACACAAUCCUAUCGCCUGCCGCUCAGGCAUCCUUUACCCCAACCACCUAUACCCGUUUGCUGCAGUACUGUGCGGCGACAAAAAACAGUGAGUAUGCACUCCUUCUCGUCUCUACGGCAUUCCAUGCAGGAAUGAGUUUGGAGCACGAAGCACAAAAGCACGUUUUGCAAUGUAUGUACGAAACGCAGCAGCCCGCGCUUGCCUACGAUCUCGCGCUUCGCUUCGAAGCCAGUCCUAUAUCCCCUCCCAAGUCACUUUGGAUGGAGGUAUUGCGCAUUGCGGCAGAGCUCGACUAUGCGCCGGCGCUUCCCGAUGCAUGGUCGCGCUGUAUGCGCGCCGAUAUCAUUCCCGACGAAGGUCUUGUGCUCUACAUCCUUCUCACUGCGGCGCGUGCAGGACAAGGCAAAUUCGCGAACAGCGUUCUCGACGCCAUUCCGCGCCUUUUUCCAGGUACGCGCGUCAAGGAGUGGCAUUUUGUGCCUGUGCUGGACGCAUUUUGUCGCACACAUGCAUUCGCAGACGCUGUUUCCGUGCUGGGCCGUAUGCAGCGACAAGGCGUGAGCGUGGGCACCAAAGCCGCUGCGAAACUUACGACACAUUCGGCAGCAGACGAGCAGGCGCUGCUCAAAGCGGAGCAGGCGCUUUUAGCGCACGACACGAUUCCUGUUGCGGCUCUCAACGCCAUUCUUUACGCCGCGGCGGAACUGGCGGCGUUGCCCGUCGCACUAAGAAUAUGGGAUGCUUUGGUAUGUACGGAACGAGCCACGCCCGAUGUAGAUACACACAACGCUCUCCUUCUUUGCUGUAUUCCUGCGCACGAUGUGCGUACUGGCGAACAUGUUUGGACGAGCUUGCACACCCGCCAACUGGAACCUUCUCCGUCGACGUACGAACGCAUGGCGCGUUUGUAUUUGACACAACCGGACUAUGAACGUGCAUUUGCCCUGCUCGAAGAAGUAAAGCAACGGGGCCAUAUCCCUUCGCGCCGUACCUACGCUAGCAUGGUGUGGACUUGUAUUCAGCGCGAGGAUGACCGCUGGCGCGGCCUCCUGGCGGAAAUGCAAGAAGCGCAGUACGAUCCAGGAGAUCGGCUUCGCGAGGCGAUUGCAUUACAGGAAACAUCCACAUAG